CCUCCCGGCCACGGCUUGUUUUUCAGUGCUGAGAUCCGCUUAUUGAUAUUUCAAAGAUCUGGCAACAGUUUUUAGACCAAGGUAGCCUAAAGAAAGUGAAGAUGAUGAAGAAGUUUCAACAGGACACUACACCUUCUCAAGCAGAAACUCAGAGUUCAUCUGGACAGAGAAUACUGUUUACAGGUCCAGACGGCAUUGGAGAUUUCCUCCCCAGGUUGGACUCUUUCCCCCACAGCAUUGGGGUCGGCCCGUUAUCUCCAGAUGCCACGAGUGAUCUCAGCUACCUCUUCCGGCCUCCACCUCACACAAGCCCGCCGUUACCGAGACACUGCUUCGUCGGAGAUGUGGGCUGGGGUCUGCAGUACUCCACCACACUCAACAGACGAUCAGCAAACAAUAUGAGGCAGAAUCAGUCUCAACUGACCUGCGGGACGCUUGCUUGGAACCACAGCACACAUGAUGCCUACAGCGAGGAUGACAACAAACUGUUCCCGCUGAACCAGCAAAGACAGUCAGUGCAUACCAAGAAAGCACAACCAGAUGAUCAGCUCUGAAAUAUGAUGUGAGGCUUAAUAUGACCUGAUUCCUGAAUGCUGGUUUGUGUUUAUUAAACAAUUUAUUAUACCAAUUUAACAACUCUUUGUUAAACCACAUUAAAUGUGUCUUUAUUUGCUGCACUGUUCGUUUCUUGGUUCAUUUGCCUCCA